AUGUCCAUCCUCAACAGGCUCAGCGACAAUGAAGGCGCAACUCACAAUGUCAAGCGGCUCGGCAGAGGACCAGGAAGCGGCAAGGGCAAGACUGCAGGUCGAGGACACAAGGGACAAAAGGCAAGAUCAGGCAACGGUGCUCCACGGGGCUUCGAAGGAGGACAGACACCCAUUUCGCGCCUGUUCCCCAAGCGCGGCUUCAACAAUUCGGGCGAGGAAGACUUGAGCCCUUUGAACCUGGGCAAGCUACAGCUCUGGAUCGAUCUCGGUAGAAUAAACCCAUCGAAACCGAUAUCCAUGAAGGAUCUUGUCGAGUCCAACGUCAUUCAUGGAAUCAAAGACGGCGUCAAGCUGCUUGCAGGUGGUAAAGAAGCACUCAAGACACCUGUCCAGCUGGACGUCACCAAAGCAUCAGCCGAAGCUAUUGCUAGAAUUGAAGCUGUGGGUGGCAGCAUCGUUUGCACAUACCGCAAUGCUCUUUCAAUGAGGGCGCUCCUUAAACCACACACCUUUGCCAAAUUGCCAAAGCCAGCGUUACCGACGCGUCGCAAGGAUCUCGAGUUCUACACCAUGAAGGAGAAGCGAGGCUAUCUUGCCGAUGACUUGGCGAGCGGCAAGAUUGUGCUGCCGGCUAACCCAGCAGAGGCAGCCAGGAAGGCUGCGAGUAAGGCACCAGCGGCAGUGGCGUGA